AUGAAGAGCCCAUAUCAAUAUGCAGGUGGAGUCCUUAUCACCUUUGGGACUCUAAGUAUUUUUUCUGGGGUAACAGCCUUUUUUCCGGUCUUUUCUUACAAACCUUGGUUCACUGGAUGGAGUGUUCACAUUGCCUGUCCCAUCUGGAAUGGAGCUUUGGCUGCUGCUGUUGGUGUAUUGGUCUUGUUGGCUUACCAAAAACGGACCCAAAGAUCACUGUGGGAAGCUUGUUUCACCUUUGGCAUAUUGAAUAUCGUCGGAUCCCCGUUUCAAUUUGUUAUCGCCUUGGAGUCUGCCUUUCUUGGUCCCUAUUGCUACUACUCCCUUUCUGGAAUCGCAGGAACAAACUAUCUUGGUUUUGCAGUGAGGUUUCCUUUUCCGUAUAAAAAAUUCCCAACUCUGUGUGUGGAUCCAUUACAUUAUGAGGAGUACCACCUGUCCCUACAAAUAUUAGAUCUUUGCUCAAGCUUGGCUAUGCUCUGUGCCUCUUCCACCAUAUUGGUAAAGCUCUCUACGAGGCUCAUCCUCUUCGGACAUUUAAAUGUAAGUAAGGAAAAGACGGAAACGUUCCCUUCGGGUGUUUAG